UCCUGUCAUUUUAAAUUUGAGUUAAACUGUAUUGCACGGCUGCGUUCGGCAGGAGUUCGCGUGCAAGUUUAACGCGAUCUUCCUCGAUGAAAUAUGUCAAUACACGUUACCAUGACCGGGAAUCCUGUAAACGUACGCCGUGGGAGAAUGGUGCUGUCCGAUCUGGAUCAGAUCAAGAAGAACGAACGUGAUCGCCGACGAAGGUUACGCUUGGAGCAGGUUCGGCAGCAGUCAAAGGAGAUAUCGAAUCGACUUUUAGAACGUGCCAAGAAUAUAGCAAAAAAAGAGCUUAGCAAAUUGGAGAGAGACGGGAAGUCAGAACUUAGGGAGAUGCACGAUAGAAAGAUCAUGGACAUACAACGCAAGUAUCAGGAAGAUUUGGAGGACAUCGGUCAAGCUCAUGCCUCUGCUGCCUUGCAACCGGAUGCAGACGCGAUAAUAGAGGUAGAGGAAAGGAAAGAUAGAGCUGUGGCGCAAAAAAGAGGAAAGGACGCUCUAGAGCGUGUGAAGGAAGCAAAACAGAUGGACGAUGAUGCGGAAGCAGCUCAUCAGGAAAGAUUACGUAGAGUGCGAGAAAUAGAAAAUAUAAGGGCUGCGAUGGUGGCCAAACUUCCAAAGCUGCCGUUAUCUGAGGAAAAUGACAGGAUGGAAAGAAAUCCUUCUCAAAGUGCAAAUGAGGAAAUUAUGCAGGAAGUACUGACUCCAAAUAGGAAAAGCAAAAAAAUUCUUCCCAAAAAAUCACCUAGAAGGGUAAAGAAACCUAAUCUAAAGGAACAUCAAGAAACAUUAUCACCAAAACCGGGUCCUUCGGGAUUACAAAAGAAAUCUGCUGUACAAUCUCACGAGUUAUCCUCAAGGAAGAAAGCGGACAAUUAUGUGUCUGAUGAUAUCGAGCAUAUUAUUGAUGAUACAAGUGAUGAUCAAGUACCACGAAGAACGGUGCCAACGAUGAGCGCUAUACCAACGAAACCUGACAAGAUAGCAAGAUACAAUCCAGAAGAUUAUACACAAAACACGUCAAGCAGCGUCAGCAGUAGUAGUUCUAGUUCAACCAGCGACGACUCGUCAUAUUUUUCUGACGUCGUAGAACAAAUUACUUGCAAUAAGACUCCGAGGACUCCAGCUUCAACAGAGAACAAAGUACGAUCGCAAUGUAAUCGCAAUAUGCAGCAGAGAUACGUCUACGACAGGCCUCUUGGUAUGGUUGAAAGAAUUGACAUCAGAAAUGAGCCAAGCGCGAUGGAAGUAGCGCGGGCAAUGAAAAAUGCAGACGAUGUAGAAACGCAUAUAUCCAAAACCCACAAAUUAAAUGCUCAACGUCGUGGCGAGGAUGCGAUUUUGCGAGAGAAAGUACGGAGAGAUUAUCAGGCGCUGCUACAAAAUCUAGAUCAUCUUGCACAGGAAGAACGCAAGCUAAAAGCUAGUCAGAUUCAAUCCGCGGAGGAAGAUACACACAUGCGACUACAUCAGAGAAGUAAAUGCCAGGAAGAACAUCAAAAGAGGUUGAACCGUGCAGCUAAAAAGGUUCUCUGUACAGACGGCGCAUCGACCCGGCGCACUCAUCUCACAGAAAGAGUCAUUACUUUACCAACGCGGAAAAAAGACGGCAUGCAUGAUGACGUACCACAUUCCACAUGGCAAGAUCCUUAUCUCAUUGAAGAGCAGGUAGACGUUUGUCACACAGAUGUUUGUCACACAGGUGUUUGUCACACAGAACAAGAUAAAGAUAGUAAAAUGUCGCGCGAAGAACAAAUACUGGAUAUGCUGAAGAAAGUUGAAAGGCAAAAAAGAUUGCUGUUACAAGAAUUUGGCGCCAGUUUGCCAGAUAAUAUAUUUAAUGUCAGCAUGAGGUCACUCUUUGAAGAUAAAACGCCAAUAAAAGCACCAGAAUCUAGUACUGCCAAGCCCUUGUCACCCGAAGUUAAAGUCAUAAAUAUGUCUAGUAGUGACGAAUGCGUCAGAAAAGAUCGUAAGAUGAAGAAACCUGAUAAAUCACCUGCAAAAAAAAUUGAGAUUGCUUGUCAGACAGCACUAGAACAAACGGGUCCAGCGGAGAAUAAGAGCGUACAAGUAGAAUUACCUGAAAAAGACGCGCCACAUCCCAGCCGAGACGCAACUGCACGAGCACCCCAUCCGAUUGAACCAAAAAUUACUAUUAUUACACCGGAGACGGACGACAGCAGCAAUAAUUCGACAAGCUCUGAGAUUAGUGGGAUGGUCAUUGAGAUUGAUAAGAAAGAAGUAAUUGUAACACCUAAGAAGAGAAAGAACAGCGUGAGAGUAUCGAAGCGACCGUCGCCUCGAGUUUAUCAAAAGAUUCGCUCAACGUCCGUCAGUUCUAAAGCGACGUCACCCAUGAAGAGGUUCUCGCGGUUUCAGUCAGGCUCCCGCCUGACUCCUCAGAAGAAGACGAAAUGUUUGGAUACGGCAGACACAGCUACCAGAAGAGUUGAUAUACACAUGAGCGAGUCUGCUCAAGAUGAGACAGAUCCAUCGCAGGAAACCAGAGUGUCGAUAGAUGCUAGCGCGGAAAGUUCACAGACAGUUUCAGGUAUGAACGAUGAAGAUCGAUCUACGGGUAAGCCGUAUCAGGUUCGGACUCAAACGAAAAGGUGGAUUCGGAUAAAAGAUACUUCAGAUACGUCAACGUCCACCGCCUUUGCAAGCCCACCGCCAGUAAAGCCUAGAUCGGUGUUUGACGCUCUGAGUAACGUCACGCCGAUCUUAGAAAUGUUAGAUUCUCCGGGACCCGAAUGGAGAAGAUUACAAGACAUCAGCCCUGUUUCCACACCGGAAACUCCUUCGCCGCGCACAAUGAUGAUGCCAUCGAACAUUCCGCACCGCGAUAGGAUUACCAGGAUGCUUAGAUUUAGUUUGAAUGAUUCUCAGAAUGGCAGUACUGUGAUAUCGGCACGAAAGGACCAGUCUACCAUUACAGAUCCAUCAGACGUUUGUCAGAAAUCUGCAGCAUCAGAACGUGUAUCUAUUUCAGAGCAGCCAUCAUCCAAAGUCUGUAUAUGCAAAAAUCCCCAAUGUAAAUUGCUACAUAUAAAACUUGACGAUAUUCACGAUUAUGCUUUAAAAAAUUGUCCUGAAAUAUUGGAAAAGUAUGAAGACCUACAAAAUUUAUGUGCGGAAAGAAUAGCGUCUUUAACUGACCUCAUUGAAAAAGUACGAAAUGAACAAAAAGAUAUGGAUUUUUCGCUAAUUAGUCCAAGCGAUGACAAUAGCUUAAUGCAAAUUUCUACGCCCAAAGCAUCCCGUGACGAUGCCCAAGCAGUACGUAGAUUGAUUGACAGUAUAGAAGCAAUUCAUGCCCAACUUGCAAGAACUCUCCUUGAAUCACAAAGAAUUAUGCGAGGAAGCGAAACAGGUUUAAAGGAUGAAACUUUAUGCGAUGCGGAAAUCCAGGCGAUCACUUCUACUCCCCGAAGUAAAUUAAUAGAUACUGUUAAAGCACAUGUACAGGAAUCCAAAGUAGUAGAAGGCAGAGCUAAGCCAAAAAUUAUUAGCAAUGAAAAAGUUAAUAUACAGCUUAGCCGAUUUAUGCAGCAAAAACCUCAAGCAACGUCGGCAACAAAAACAACGGAGCGUAACUCUUGGCCCCCGCGUACGCUUUCUCUUCACGAAGAAGAAAUAAUAGAGAAAUUGUCAAACGAAAUUUUGGAACAAAGUAAAAAUUUGAACAAACCAAGUACCGCCUUUGCAGCUUUGAAAGAAAAUGAUGAGACACAGCAUAGAGUAUCUUCUUUUAAGGAUUUCAAUCUAAAAAAGAAUGCUUCAUUAGAACGUGAAAAAGAUAAUAGCAUUACAAACGAACUUGCUUCUACUUCAGAGACAGCAAAAGAAAAUGGUUUCAUUCCUAUAUUAACUGGCAUUCCCAAAAUAUUGCGCAAUGGAUAUGCGACAUCAAUAAGGCCUAAACCUCCCGUUACAUUGUUAAAUGGACCGUACAGACCAGAAUUAGAAUCAUCAGGACAUGAAUUAUCGACGAUCGUGGAAUUUGAUACAACAGAUGCAGUUAAUAAAAGUAGCAAGAGCCCGGCAAAAUCUAAGCCAUCUGUUCAUGUGGCUCCUUUACCUGUUCAACAGAAUCAAAGUUCCUCAAAGAAAUCAGCGGAUUCGUCAUCCGGGAUGAAACAUUCUACUGAAAAGCUGUCUCCCGCACAGAAAUCACAAGAAACUACAACUAUCGGCAGUUCUCCUGAAAAGUUAAAAAGUACGUCUGAUUGUGUUACGGAAACGAGAGUUGAGGCUGAACGGGAGUACAUGCUCGAAAAAUGUAAUAAACAGUUACAAUGUGACACAACCACUGAAGAACCUGUUUCUCAAACGAAAGAUAAACUUGGUUCUUCCAUAAGUAUCGAUCUUAAUAAAGAGCAUAAAGAAAGUAAAUAUAAAACGACAUCUACUAGUGCGUACAGUUUUUCCGGAUUAUCUGGUAUUUCAGAAAUAACGAGUACUCCAUCAUCAGAUAUGUUAAAGCAGAAUUCAUCUCCGGAAGAAAUGGAAACAGCUUUGAAGAAAUUAGGUUUAGGUUGGGCGGUUACGACGCUAAAGAAAACUCGAGAAGCAAGUGCCCUUAGUUCCUCUUCAAACUCGGAUGUUACACCAAUAAAUACAGCCAGAAGAAUGAUUUCUCCUACUAAGAAACAGCAUGAUUCGAAUGGUUUUCCGGAUAUCAGUGACGUAUCAUCGAUAUCGAUCAAAGAAGCUAGCAAGAGUACCGACCAAGCUGUGCUCUUAAAAGGAAGGACUUCCACGCCUAAAUUUCAAAAUUCAAAUUCCAACAGUGAAAGAUCCAGUACUACAAAUACAUCUGAAAGCGUUCAAGAUCCAAGUGAUAGUUUAACUGUGCCUAAUGUGUCACUUACAAAAACGAAAUCUGAUAAUAAGCAAUUACAAAGUCCUUGACAGAAAGUGUUUUAUAUGUAUAAUUUUAUUAUUUACUCAUUUAGAGAUAUAUAUUAUAAUAUUUGAUUUUUUUUUAUGGGGAAUUAGUUGUAAAAUAGGGUAUUCUCAAUAUGUGGGACCAUUUUCGAACGUUGACAUAUAAAUAAUUUUUAUCUUGAACGAUACAUAUAUAUAAUUGUUAUAAUGCGCUCGUGCUUUUGUUGCAAGCAACUCGAGAUAAAAAGAGAGGGAGAACCAUAGUUCCAAAUAUCGCAAAAAUCUAUAAAAUAUUAAAUGGCCAUAGAUACAUCUGGGUUGCGCUAAAUGUGACGGAAUAAAAUGCGAGCAUACAACAGCGAAUAUACAAUUUCUUAAUAUGUUAUACUUUAUAAAAAGUUUGUAUGCAAACUUUUUUUUAUUUUAUAUCUUAUUCAAGAAAUAAUUUAUAGGAAUGAAACAAUUAUUGGUUCUGUUACGAUUAUAAAUAGUUGAAAUAGUUAAAACGAUUGAAUGCCGUGGAAUUAUGACUAUCGCGAUUUAUGACUAUCGUGACGAGAUUGAUGAAAUCUUUUAAUAGCUUCAAGCAUGAGAUUACAAUAAAUUGAAUAAGUAUAUGAAAUUAAAAGACUGACAGCGCAAUUCUAAACGUGAUUUAUAAAAACUAUAUGAUGUGUAAAAUAGGGAAGUUAUAUAAGAUAACUUUUAAGAAACUGAAGAUAUAUAAGAUGAAUCUAUGAAAUAUGCACACAAACAUUUACACUUUCUCUUGUUUUAUACUUUAUAUUUUUCUAAAUAAAUAAUAGUAUUUAUAUAUCUCUCGGUUUUGCUUCGAUGAUUUGAGUGUGAAAGAAUGAGAGAAACCAAUUAGCACAAUAUUAUGUAUCUAUAUUUAUUUAAUUUUAAUUAUUUUUACACGACGAGAAAGAUAUACAGAGUGAAUUAAUAGAAUCUGAUAAUUUUCAAAAAAUUACUCAUAUAUGUUAUUCGAGAGAAUUUAUAACUGUUCUUUUAAACAACAUUACAAUAAAUAUGCAGUCUAACAAUA